AUACAUAUGUAAUAAAAAUAUUGAUUAAUCAUUAAAUGAUAUAUUAAUUGAUUUUAAAGACAACAUUAUGGACAUAACCAAGACUUUCAGUGAUUGUCUGCAAUCUAUUAUAUCUACCAAUAAAGCCAUUCAUGAGAUGACAUCCAACGACAAUGUGACCAAUAAUGUGAAGAAAUUGAAGUCGAGUUUAAAUUCUAAUAACAUCUUCAGUAAAAAUGCCAAAGAUUUGGUCAAAUCUAUUACUGAUAUGAAGAAGUAUUUACUCGACAAUCGCAACGAUUACAUCAAUAUUUAUAGUCCAUUGCUAUCAUUGGCUUCAAUGAUGACCGACAAAGAGCGCGAUGAGAUCGACGAAGAUGUGGAACAGUUCAUCAAAAUAUGUAACGAAAAGGCAAUCAAAUGUCUCAGAAAUGAUGUGAAGAGAGGAGUGAAAAAUCAAUUAAGUAAUCACCAAAACAUUGUCAUAGAUUUGAUUGAAAAAUAUCUUAAAAGUGUUUGUGAUAUUCAUAGCCAACAAAAGGCUAUAAGAAUUAAGAGAGCCGUCGAAAAACAAAGACUCUUACGAUUAGGUUAUAUAAUCACUAAUAAGUCGACAGAAAAUAUUGUUAAACAGGAUUUGAAUUCUUCCGAUAAUAAAGAAAAUUUUACUCCAAAUGAAGUAAUAAAUGAUAGUUUAAAUGAUAUUGAAAUUAAAAGUGAAAUACCUAUUGAAUCCAAUCAAUUGAACAAUAAUGAAGAUACAUAUCAACAGUUAGAACUAAGUAAACACGAACUUCAGGUGUUUGAAGAAGAGAAUCAACAUUUAUAUGAAGAUAUGAAUAGUUUGAGUUCUGAAGUGAAAGACAUUGAGAUGAAAGUCGUGGAAAUAGCACGUCUUCAAGAGAUAUUCACUGAUAAUGUUCUUAAACAAGAAGUUGAUUUAAACAAAGUCAGUGAUGUAACCAUUUCGUCGACCGAAAACAUAAGAGAAGGUAAUCAACAAUUACGCGAAGCUAUGAAGAAAAACGCAGGUUUUCGGGUUUGGAUACUCUUCUUCAUAACGACACUCGCCUUUACAAUACUUUUCCUCGACUGGUAUAAUGAUUGAAAGACAACUGUAUU